GCCCCUCUCGUCCCGGGAGACGCGACACAUCUAAACAUUCUCAAUAGAUGGGUGAAGGGUUGCAACGAGGCUCAGCAUCUACCGAAUCGCAAGAGCUUCAUUCCGAGUAGGCUGCUGCUGGUUGGUGACGAAGAUACGAGGUUUGUCCGACUGAUUUCCAAGCCUGAAUCAAAGUCGGGCUCCGUGAACUACAUUGCGCUGUCUCACCGAUGGGGGAACGAUUCCUCAACAGAAGGCAAGUUUGUCACAACAACCACGGAUAACAUCCACGUAAUCGCUAGCGCGCUAGGGAUCGAUGACGACUACCUGCCCAAGACAUUUCUCGACGCAGUGGUUAUCACUAGGAGAUUGAAAGUGAAGUACUUGUGGAUAGACUCUCUAUGCAUCCUUCAGGACAACAUGAACCAUGGCAACAUGGACUCGAAGAAUGACUGGGAUAGAGAGUCAAAACUCAUGGAAGAGGUGUUUGGUUCUGCCUACAUUACCAUUGCCGCCAGUUGUGCAGAAAACAGAUUCCAGGGCUUUUUGAAAGCGCGAACGCCGCGGCAGCUUAGAGGCUGGGUGUUACAGGAGCGCGCUCUUUCACGAAGAACAUUGCAUUUCACGAGUAGCCAGACGUACUGGGAGUGCGGAGAAGGCAUAAGAUGCGAAACAUUCACCAAGACGACGAAUCGAAAAGCAGCGUUCCUUGGAGACUCAAACUUUCCUCACUCCGUUGAAUCCUUCAAGCAAGGGAGACAGCUGCAGCACUAUCACGACCUUUACGAGCGUUACUCUUCCUUGAAAUUGACGUAUCCUACCGACAAGCCUAGAGCUAUCGCUGGCCUCGAAAAGAGAUUGACGAUGGCACUGAAGUCGACCGGUGGCUAUGGCAUCUUCUUGUCAAACCUCCACAGAGAUCUUCUCUGGCAGCGCCGAAAUAUUGGGACUUCACUGCGACGCAUCGGAUUUCAACCUCAUGAAGAAAUCCCUUCCUGGUCAUGGAUGGCUUUCGAGGGAGAAAUCCGAUACAUGAAUGUUCCUUUCGGCGACAUCGAGAGAGCUAAGGAUAUCUCUUCACCGUUUGAAACUCAGACGGGCAGGGGCGCAGAAGAAACAAGUGAUCUCUCGAAGAAAGCAUAUUUUCAGGCUACAGCUCGUACGUUGAUGAGCGAUAACCCAGCGCGGCUGAUAAUGGAUGACCCCGAGAGAAUCCUUCGCCGGCCCCUGAUGUGUGUUAUUGUUGGUACGAGCAAGCAGAACAAGAGCGACCCAGUAAGACACUAUGCUCUUAUGGUUGCCCCCGUUAUGGACAAGGAGGAAGACAAGGUGUUUGAGAGGGUGGGUGUGGCGUAUUUGUCAGAAGAUGAAGUCUCGAUAGAAGAAGGAACAGGCAUCGUGAGAAUUCAGUAG